GACACUUGACAGCCGCGUUGUUGAUACGAUUUGUUUGGUUAAAAAACACGUGCUAUUAGGAACAGCAUUAUUUUAUUUUUAUUUAAUUAUCAAUAAAAUGGGUAAAGUAAAGCAAGAGCCCGUUGAACAACAAGAAGAUGCCGACGUUAGUGUAAAAACCGAACCACAAAGUUACGAUGAUAAGGUAGAACAUUGCAGCAUCAUUGCCAAACCCAUGGCCCCCAAGAAACUCAGCAAGAAAAUAUACAAACUCAUUAAGAAAUCCAGUAGCCACAAGAAUUAUAUAAGAAAUGGACUGAAAAUAGUACAGAAGCAACUUAGAUUAGGCGAAAAAGGAUUAGUAUUCUUCGCUGGAGAUAUCUCACCGAUAGAGAUCAUGUGUCAUCUGCCGGCAGUUUGUGAGGAGAAAGACGUUCCAUACUGCUACACUCCCAGUCGGAAAGAUAUCGGUUCCGCCAUGGGUACCAUGAGAGGAUGCAUAAUGGUACUUGUUAAAGAGCACGAAGAUUAUAAGGACCUGUACGAGGAAGUGCAAAGUGAAAUAAAAAUGUUAGGACAUCCGUUAUAAUUACUAGUUUUAUUUUGAAGUGGAUACUAAUUGUUUGUCCUUCAGGUCUAAUGGUGAUGUUGAAUCAUAAAUGUUUUGGAAGAAUUUGCUUCAGUUACAAUAGUUUGUCUACUUUAAUCCCUCGAUCG